AUGAAUGCCUCAUUAUCGGAUGGUGGUGUACGGGCGCUAUCGGGCCCUGGACGUUUGCGGGCAGUGAUGGGAGCCUCUGCAGCGAACUUGGACCCUUUCGCAGGGAAUUCAAUUUUGCCCGGCCGGUGGGAGCAUCACACUGCAGACAUUCUCAGAGAUGCAGUGGAACACCGACAUGUAGCAUACGUUGAUGAUCAGAAUCUCAUGAAGGCCCUCAUGGAACACGCACAGCCAUCACUACCACCACCUGUUCCAAUGCGUGUAAAAAAUAGGGAGAUUCCACAGAGCACAGAAUGUCAACAGUAUCUUAAAAAUUUGGCACGUGCUAUCGAAGAAGGAGUAGCAAAAAAGCGAAGACCGCGUUUAAGGAGUGCGUCUCCUUCGAAAGAAGGUCCUACAACCGCAACAACAACUAGUAGUACUACUGCUACUAUGGCUCCGGUAGUGGCGGGAGGAACAGGAACAGGAGGAGGAGCAGUGCAAAACUUAUCUACCGAGACUUCCACUGUGGUUCCACCACAGUCGGAGGAAAAAGGAGCGUUGCAGAUGUGGGAACAGGAACAGGAACAAGAAGAGGCGGAAGAACCGUAUUGGGGAGGAGGAGGAGGAGGAGGAGGAGGAGAAGAAGAAAAAGAAAAGAAGGGUCAAGGGGAACAGAGAUCUCUAAGUGGUGGCUCAUUUGUAUGUAACUCAACCCGCUCUCUGUUAAAUACAAUAGCUAGGGGACGUUUUCCUAUGCAUUCAAACGCAUCGUUAUCUGAGGUUGUUCGAAAUUGGGGAAAGAGAAAAGAAACUCGGGGUGAAAAUUUCAUGACAUCUAAACAAACUCUUGAAACACACUCUAAACUUUUAGAACGACUAAAACAGGAGCCUGUGCGUAGUUGGCGAGUUAUUCAUGAUCUCUCGACAGAUCCACCGUCUUCUCCACCUAUUGCUGAUCGACAAAGAAAGAGUUAUGAUGCAUCAGAGGAUUGUAAGAUUGUUGAAAAAUGGCGUCAUAGAUUUGAUUAUGUGAAUUAUGCAGAUCAAUUUAAAAUAGAUGAUUCACUUGCAGUAAGAGACCGUUGUCGUCAUAUGGUUAUACGACAUGAAACAACCUCUACCGGGCAACCUCCGCUAACUGCGCUGCAGAAUACGUUUAACGAGAAGAAUACCCGUCCCUUCACAGCCCCAAGUAGGCCAGUAAAACCAAAUACUGGAGGUGAUUGUGUAAAAAGUAGUGUGUGGAUGCGGCGUGCGAAUGAGAUUGCACUUGAAAGGGAACGAGAACAUCUUAUAACUGAGAUUCGUCGUUUUGAACUACGCGAGGCGGCAGCCUCUCUCUCUAGGGAAGCAGUUGAGACUUUACGGGAUGACCUUAUUAAACUUCUUAUGCUUUGGCCACGUGACCCCAGAAAACGUCAUAUAUUUACUAAAAAAAACUUUGUGAAGUGGAUGAGAGGGCGACAAAAUUUACCGUCUACAGUAGGAGUAGUAGAGGAUAGUGCAGAGUCAAUAAGUUUAGCAGAGUCUAUGGAUUCCCGAGCAGAGGCAGCGUUCAUUGAACAUGUAUUUUCUGUUUUACCGGGGGGUCGCAAUACUCAAUAG